AUGACCGACAGAGAAAUGGACGUCGACACUCGCACGUCCACAGCUGUUUUCGAUGACGACCUAAUCGAUUAUGACGACGAGGACUUCAUAGACCAGGCUGGCACGAAGGAAGAAACGCUCCACUCGAUUUUAAAGGGUGUCGACAAUAGCACCCUGAGCGAGCAGCCAACAGUAGGCACAGUGGAUACGACAGACUUAGACGGCACCUCGAAGGACCAGACGCCUCUAGACAUGGCACUCAAGGCAGAAACGACCAGCAAUACGGCACACGAGGACGUUAUAUUUGAAAAUGAGGUUGACGAGCCCACUGUUCAGGAGUAUGUCGAAAUCGAAGAUGCUCAACAUGCGGAUGACCUGGGCGAAUAUUUGGAAGAUAUCCCAGAGCAACCAGCGGAACAAGCUGCAAAUGAGGACCAAAUUGAGCAGCAAUAUGAAGUCGAUGAUGGCGAUCAGCAGCACGACGAGUCAAUGGAAGGCAUGCGCUACGGCGAAGAGCAGGAUCAACAAACCGAGCAAGUAGAUGAACCUGUCACCGAGGCGGAUGCCAAUGAAGAAGCAACAGUGCGUGCCCCAGUAGAGGAGUUACAGGAUCCCGAGGACUUGGAGUCCCCGAUGACCAACGGAAACGAUGACACCGAGGAUACGACUUACGUCGAAGAAUUUGUCGAUCAUCCAGCUGAAGAAGAGAACCCAAAAGAGCAUGAGCACCUCGAAGGCACAUGGGACGGCGACCAAGAGGGCGAGGGGAAGGAACAGAACAUUGCACCUGACACCAGGGACGAGGCCUUUUCGGAAGCGCCAUUUGCAGCUGAUGGCGAAGACCGAGUAGAGGCUUCAUGGGCGAAUGCCGAACAGGCUGCGGAUUCAAGCCAAGAGAAGCACGAUGCUGCCGAAGCCAACUGUCAAAUCGUCACUGUGCAGUACAAAGGAGAAGAGUUCCCCUUAUUCUCACGCGACGCUGAAGGCUUUUUCCCAGAAGAGACUUGCCUUGCUCUCACAAUCGACCAGCUGCUCGCGGGUCUCCGAGUCGAACUAGAGAACGAGCUGGCAGACGAAGAGGAGCUUGUGUUUCAGAUCGACGAGCUGGGUCUCGAAUAUGCUGAGUCUUCGAAACCCGAGCACUGUAACGUGACGCUUAGCUACAUACUCGAGGUUUUUAACCUCCUUGUCAAGAACCAAGGCCAAGAUGACUCUCGAACCCUAUACACCUAUCUUUUCACGAAGACAACCGUACGCAACGAAGACGCCGAGAGUAUCGAGCUUUACGAACAACUGGACGAUUUGGAGAGCCCAGGUGACGAAGCUCAGGAGCACGACGGGGUUAUUCAACCAAAUUCAGCAAAAGAGCAGACCACCCCGCUACAGCCGGAGGCUCAUGAAGACGACGAGGCUGAUAAGUUCCACGACGAGGCCCCAGCUCACCCCAAUCAUGACCUUGUUGAUGACAAAAUUAACGAUGCUGUCCAUGACCCAGAGGAAGAAUUCAUUUUCCAGCAAGAGGGAGAAGAGCAGAACGAUGGUUCGCAAUCGAACGAAGCCCGGGACGCUGAGACAGGCGAGGAACAGUUUGUUGAAGAGCAGACUCCCCAGCCAACAAUGGGAGACACCAAUGCUACCACAGAAACAGACUUAUACGGGAAGUCGGCGGCAGUGAAUGACCAUGACGUCGAAUCCGCCACGUACAAUGGUCUGGCAGAUGCCGCCACCCUGGAAGAUAUUGCGAGCCCGAGGCACAUGCUGGAUGACGAAGACGAAGCUCCAAACGCCACUUUCGACGUUGAAGUGCAGCCAGAGGUACCAGAGGUCCCUACGCUUACUGACGAGACCGACGACGCAACGUGGGACCCUGAAUUCGCACAACAAGACGCAGAGCACGUGGUCUCGCCAAAUACCAAGAGGCCCCGGGAUGAUGAUGAGGAGGACAUUGACUACGAACAAGGUUUUUAUCCCCGUCCCAAACGUCGCUCUGAUCACUGA